GAAAACAGAGAAACGGUGUAUGUUUUCGUAUGGUUAGGGCAUAAAUUCACACACGCACUCGACAGCCGCUCAUCGUCAGUUCCGUCUCCUUCUCUCUGCUUACGGACCUGCGUACAUCUCUUGUUCGUCACCGUAGUCUGCUCGUACUACUGCGCCGAGUUUAAGAUACAAUCAAUCACCUAUUUACAAUGGGAGAUAGUGAAACAGUUGUUGCUCAAUCAUCAGCUAUCCAGGAGCAUCCAUCAACUACAGUUAAUGGAGAUACCAUGGAUGUAGACAAUGCCAUUCCUCAUGAUGAUGAUCGAGGUUCUGCUGGAAGAUCAAAGGCUACAGAUGUCAAUUUCAGCAAUGAGGCUCCAUCUUCAACUACACAAGAUGUUAGUGAGAAUCCUGCAAGUAUUGCCAACACAUCUGUAGAUUCAUCUCAUGUUCCUGCUUACCAUUCUUCGGUGAAUGGAAAUGACUCCAGUGAUGCAAAAACUUUGGGUAUAAGUGAAAAUGGUGUUGGUUCAUAUGAUGAGCAUAAUUCUGCAUCUGCAAAUCAACCACAUGAUGGUGUUUCUGCCAUUGCUGCAUUGUCUCCUGAAGAAGAACGGUUGUGGAGCAUAGUAAAUACUAAUUCAUUGGACUUCACUGCCUGGACUGCUCUUAUAGAAGAGAUUGAAAAAACAGCUGAGGAUAACAUUUUGAAGAUUCGAAAAGUUUAUGAUACCUUUUUAGCCGAAUUUCCCUUGUGUUAUGGUUAUUGGAAAAAGUAUGCUGAUCACGAGGCACGCCUAGGAUUUUUGGACAAAGUUGUUGAGGUUUAUGAACGAGCAGUUCAUGGGGUAACAUAUUCUGUAGAUAUGUGGUUGCACUAUUGUGUUUUUGCCAUUCAUACUUAUGGAGAUCCUGACACAGUACGGAGGCUGUUUGAACGGGGACUAGCUUAUGUUGGAACUGAUUACCUGUCUUUUCCUUUAUGGGAUAAAUACAUCGAAUAUGAGUAUCAACAGCAGCAGUGGUCCAAUCUUGCUAUGAUAUACACACGGAUAUUGGAGCAUCCUAAUCAGCAAUUGGACCGCUAUUAUAACAGCUUGAGGGAAUUAAUAGCAAGUCGCCCUUUAUCUGAACUGAAAACCCCUGAGGAAGUUGCAGCUGCAACAAAUUCUAAAGAGGAAGCAACGAUUGAAGAAAGUGAAGGGGAAGUUCAUCCAGAUACAGUGGAGAAAGAGAAACCUUCUAAACCUGUAAGUGAAGAAGCUGAAGAGGUGGAGUCUUAUAUCGCCAUUAGAGAAGAGCUGUACAAGAAGGCUAAAGAAUUUGAUUCCAAGAUUAUUGAUUUUGAGACUGGUAUCAGAAGACCCUACUUUCAUGUCCGACCACUUAAUGUGACAGAGCUCGAAAACUGGCAUAAUUAUCUUGAUUUUAUGGAAGGAGGAGAUGACUUCAAUAAGGUUUUCAAGUUAUAUGAAAGAUGUCUUAUCGCGUGUGCAAAUUAUCCUGAGUUUUGGAUACGAUACGUUUUGUGUAUGGAAGCCAGUGGGAGUAUGGAUCUUGCUGAAAAUGCACUUGCUCGUGCCACACAGGUGUUUGUAAAGAGGCAACCAGAGAUUCACCUAUUUGCUGCCCGAUUUAGAGAACAUGGUGGGGAUAUUGUGGGUGCUCGUGCAUCUUAUAACCUUGUGCAUACUGAACUUUCUCCUGGUCUUCUAGAAGCAAUUAUCAAGCAUGCCAACAUGGAACAUCGUCUGGGGAAUCCAGAAGAAGCUUGUUCUUUGUAUGAGCAGACAAUUGCAAUUGAGAAAGGAAAAGAACAUUCACAGACCUUGCCACUUUUGCUCGCACAAUACUCUCGAUUUAUGUACCUGGUCUUGGGAAGGGUGGAAAAAGCAAGGGAGAUUCUAGAUGAAGCCCUUGAGAGCAAUCAGAUUUCGAAACCACUUUUAGAGGCUUUGAUUCACAUGGAGUCGAUUCAAUCACUUCCAAAACAAAUCAACCGCCUAGACUCAUUGGUGGAGAAGUUCAUAGCUCCAGGUCCCGAUAAUCCAAAUCCUGCAAGUUAUAUCGAAAGAGAAGAGUUAUCCAGCAUUUUCUUGGAGUUUCUAGAUCUGUUUGGGGACACACAAACCAUAAAAAAAGCGGAUAAUCGACACAGCAAGCUUUUUGUACAUCAUAAAAGUGCCACAGAGUCAAAGAAGCGACACAUGGAGGGAUAUUUAGUGUCAGAAAGAGCAAAACUUGCAAAAACAGGUGGUGGUUCACCUGGCACACACAACCAGUGGCCUGCAGGUUAUGGUGUCCAGCCUCAGGUUUGGUCACAAGCUCAAGGACAACAAUGGCCUGCAACAUAUACUCAACAGGCUGCUGCUUAUGGCACAUACAAUGCCUAUGGAAGCGGCUAUGCCCAACCCCAACCACAAGCCCCUGCUCCUACAUCUGUUCCACAAGCUGCUGCUUAUGCUACUUACCCCGCUUCAUACCCAGUCCAGCAGGCUGUCCCACAGCAAGUUUACACACAGCCUGGUGGUGCUGUGGCGGCAGCACCAGCACCAGCACCGGCGCAACAACCAACUGCUGCUGCACCUCAGUCAUACUACGGGACCCCCUACUAUUGAUAUUGACCCAGCAAGACUGUAUUUCUAUCAUAAAAGCAAUGGCAUUUUGGUCCAUUGUUAUCUUGUCUGUAAAAUCAACCUAAGGCUAAGAGAAUAGUAGUUUCUUCAAUAGGUGGGCCUCAGAGUAAUCCUUGAGUUUGAGUUUAAGGAAGGUAGAUUGUUUAGCAGAUAAUCGCGUAGCAGGGUAUAGUUGGUAUGUUAUUUGAAUAUGUAAUGUCGUUUUUUUUUAUUGAUAAAUGUUUUCCAUGAUC